AUGGGCGACAUGCUGAUUGCCAUUGGUGAUUUCAAUGCCGGCGUCGGGACACACUACGCUGUCUGGAGUGAGUGCUGGGUACUCAUAGAAUCGCCGGUUUCUUCGUCCUGCAAACCUGCGCAGACCGCCGUCUUCUUCGGAUCAAUACUUACCUCUUGUCGACGCCGAAGAGGGCGACCUGGACGCACGUUCGAUCGCAGCGCUAGCACCCGCUGGACUGUGUCCUCGUCCGGCGGCACGAUCGAGAGGACGUGACGGUAACCAAGGCGCUCUGCGACGCCAAUGGCUGAGCGGACCACCGCCUCGUCGUCUACAAGAUGAGGCUCCGUCUGCAUUCCCGCAGGAGGCCAAAAGGUAAGCGACCAUCAAAUAAGUUGAGUACUUUUCUAUUAAAUAUGCCUACUCAUCGUUCGUAUUUCAGCAAUCAACUGAUCCAUCGGCCGGAAGACCUGCCAACUCCAGAUAAAUACGUCCACAUGGAGGAUAGAUGGCGCCACUUGCGGGAGGCUGUCCAUUCGACCGUCGUAGGUGUCCUCAACCGCGCACAUCGCCAGUACAUGGGCUGGUCCCAGGACAACGCCGCUGACGUCACAAAACUUCUCGACGAGAAGAACGGACUGCAGUAG